AUGUCUGAAGAGAGUAUGGAGGAGAGUAAAACUGCUGCCUGUAAAUUGGGAAGACAGUAUUGGCAGAAAAUGGAGAGAAGGCUACACCAGAAGGCCCUUAUUUUAAUUAUCACUAUCAUUGUCACCACCACCAUCAUCAUCAUCAUCACCAUCAUUGUUGCUGACAACACCACAACAGUCAGAAUAUUAUGUACAGCCAUUUUUUUUUCCUUUCAUGGGAAUGGCAUGUCCUCCCAGAGAAGAUCUUGGCCAGUAUGGAUGGUGAUCCUUAUUUUUUUUGGAGUGACAACCAUCUUGGGAGUAACUAUUGGUCUCCUUGUUCAUUUUCUGGCAGCUGGAAAGAUUUUCUAUUACCAAGGUGAUUUUCAUAUUUCUGGAGUUAUAUACAAUGAUAGUUGUGAAAAUGGAGAUUCACAAGCCAGCACAGAUCUGAGCAAAAAUAUAGAGACUAAAAUGUCCGAUGCUUUUCAAAAUUCUAGUAUAUAUAAAGACUAUAUCAACUCUCAGGUCAUCAAAAUUCUCUAAAACAUUUCUGUUGUUUCUAGUCCUGAUCCCAAUGGCUCAAGUGUACAGUUACAGCUGACAUUCAAAUUUCCUCCAGCAAAGAGGGAUAACAUGAAGACUGAAAUUGAAGUUAUCUUACAGCAGAUACUGAAAGACAACAUGGCAUUCUGGAAUGCAGUCCCUACUUCCAUGAGACUCAUAGAAAUCAGCAAGGCUAAUGUUGAAAUGCUUACCAACAACUGUUGUGGAAGAUCAGCCAACAGUAUCAUACCAGGCAACCGAAUUGUGAAUGGGAAGAAUGCCCUGGUGGGAGCAUGGCCAUGGCAAGCCAGCAUGCAAUGGAAGGGUCAACACUAUUGUGGGGCAUCUCUGAUCAGCAGCCGGUGGCUAUUAUCUGCAGCUCACUGCUUUGCUGAGGAAGUGUGAAAGAAAAAUAAUUCAGACAAUUGGAUUGUCAACUUUGGAACUGUAGUAAAUAAACCAUAUAUGACACAGAAAGUCCAAAACAAUUUUCAUGAAAAUUAUAGUAGGGCUGGAGUUUAUAAUGAUAUUGCCCUUGUGCAGCUUGCUGAAGAAGUCUCUUUUGCAAAGUAUGUUCGUAGGAUUUGUCUUCCUGAAGCCAAAAUGAAGCUCUCAGAAAAUGCCAGUGUUGUAGUUACAGGAUGGGGAACACUUUAUAUGAAUGGUCCCCUUCCAGUGAUACUUCAGCGAACCUCUGUGAAGAUUAUCGACAACAAAGUUUGCAAUGCUCCACAUGCAUUAUCUGGCAAGGUGACUGAUAAAAUGCUAUGUGCUGGAUUUAUGUCAGGAAAAGCUGAUGCUUGUCAGAAUGAUUCUGGUGGACCACUAGCUUACCUGGACUCUAGAAAUAUCUGGCACCUCGUUGGAAUAGUAAGCUGGGGUAAUGGAUGCGCUAAAAAGAAUAAGCCAGGUGUUUAUACACGAGUGACUACUUAUUGUGAUUGGAUUACUUUUAAGACUGGACUCUGA